AUGGAUCAAUCUGAUAUUAAUGGUGACAAUUUAAAUGAGAUAAAUAGCUGUGAUGAGGUCAAUGAUAAUUUAAAUGAGAUAAAUAGCUGUGAUGAGGUCGAUGAUAAUUUAAAUGAAAUAAAUAACUAUGAUGAGGUCAAUGAUAAUUUAAAUGAGAUAAAUAGCUAUGAUGAG